AUGGGGAACAUGGACGGGAAAACCGUGGAGGAGCUGAGCACCACCGAGUGCCACCAGUGGUACAAGAAGUUCAUGACAGAGUGUCCUUCUGGCCAGCUCACCCUCUACGAGUUCAAACAGUUUUUUGGCUUGAAAAACCUGAGUCCGGCAGCGAACAAAUACGUUGAGCAAAUGUUUGAGACGUUUGACUUUAAUAAGGAUGGCUACAUCGAUUUCAUGGAGUAUGUGGCAGCUCUGAGCCUGGUGCUGAAGGGGAAGGUGGACCAGAAGCUCAGGUGGUAUUUCAAGCUCUAUGACGUGGAUGGCAACGGCUGCAUCGACCGGGCUGAGCUGCUGAACAUCAUCAAAGCCAUCCGAUCCAUCAACCGCUGCAACGAGAAGAUGACGGCAGAGGAGUUCACAGACAUGGUGUUCAACAAAAUCGACAUCAAUGGAGAUGGCGAGCUGUCCCUGGAGGAGUUCAUGGAGGGCGUGCAGAAGGACGAGAUGCUGCUGGACAUCCUGACGCGCAGCCUGGACCUCACCCACAUCGUGAGGCUGAUCCAGAACGACGGCAAGAACCCUCACGAGGGCGAGCAGGACGCCCAGGCUGCCCAGUAG